GGCACUAAAGAGCACACGUACAUUUUGCAUACAUUACUUCUGUAGGUUAUGGGCACGUUCUGUCCUUGGUAUCUUUUUCGUUGUCACGACUAAUUCUGGUAAACUCGUUUGGAAAGGAUUUCACGGAACACAAAACAGAAUCUGUUCUAUCCCCAAAACCAACAAGUCCCACUGGUAUUAAUUUCCCUGGAGCGACACGAAACGACAUGCCUCCCUCGGACUCGGAAGCUCUUUUUGGCCGCAUUAUUCGUGCUUGGGUUCUUCCGGGACGCAAUGAACGGACGCAGUGCAGUGCAACGCAGUACUGUGCAACGCGGUACGGCACGGUGCGUCCCGUUCCCGGUGGUUUACGCGAACGACCCGUGUGCGACUGUUACCGGAGAACGAGGGGGGACUCGGAGCCAAGCAAGAGUCGUAACUGUCCACAAACGCGAAUUCCAACUUGAACGCGAACCCCGCKAUGGUUUCGUUGUCACGCAUCGUCGAUUGCUUGCGGUGUCAGCCUUUCGGUCCGCAAGACUUCCGCACAAAAACUCUCGUUGGAAAGCUCUCGGCCCAUAAUUUUCGGUUGCCAGCCCUUUGAAACACAACCCAACGCAACGCAACCCAACGCAACGCAAAGCAACGCACGGGGCACCAUCGAUUGCGCGACGAAACCCCAAUCGAAAGGCGUGGGCAAGGCAAUGGCAAACACCACAAACCAAACCCGAGGCAGGCGCAGCGGAAGCACCCUUCGCUCCGCUGCGGGGGGUGCCGCUGCAAGACUCGCCACGGUCGUGGCGAUCGGGCUUCCGACCCCUGUCCGUUCGGUAUUGCCACCCGCGCUCUCCGCCGCCACCUCGGAACCUGGCAACGCCUUUUCCCGGUCGCUUUCCACCGGAGACUUUGGCGCGGUCAACGAGCUGUUCGAGAACGCACGCAUCCUGGUUCCCGAGGAAUUCGAGGUGUCCGAGCGGGUGGCCUUUGCCGAUCUCGACCUGACCAUCCGGAACAUCGAGUGCUACGACAUGAGCCUCGGAGGCAUCGCCGUGGACCACGAACGGACCUCCGACACGAGCUUUCUGGUCACGGUGGGCGUCUCCGGCCUCGACGUGACGUGCGAGAUGAACUACGAGUACUCUUACGGGAUACUCUCGGGGGACGGCUGGCUCAAGAUCGAAACCGAGAACAGCCAGGCCUCCUCCUCCGUCUCCUUUUCGGGGACCGACUUCGAUCGGGCGCGCCCCCCGACCGGCUCGGCGGUGCAGGGCUGCGAGUCCGACGUGGGAAUCCGCGAGAUGGACUUCGAAGAAGACCUCGCGUCGGAGGUCCUCGAGGUCUUCCAGGGCCUGGUCCGCAACGCCGCCGAGCGGGCCAUCGGGGACGUGGCCUGCGAGGAGCUCUCCGUCGCCGGAACGAGCGUCCUGGGGAACCUGGUGGGAGAGGCGGCGGGCCGCCUCGAGCCCUACCUCGGCCACCUAGGCGAGGCUGCCACGGACCCCCUGCACCUGGAAACCGGCCUGGUGCUUCCCGAUGACCUGGAGGCCCUGGACCUGCAGGACACGAACGGGUACGUGGGCCGAACAGUCAGCGAGAUCCUCGGGUACCUGGAUGCUCACCUCGGGGCGUCCGCCCCCGGCUCGCCCGGCCAAGACCGGCAGGACCUGGUGGUCAACUCCCUCCUUCGUUCCUUUGUCUUGGAGGAGGACGGGUCCCUCCCGAUGGAUCCAGCCUCGAUGCCCUCCCUGGCGGACCAAAUCCUCUUCGAGGGACACGACCGGCUGACGGAAUUUUCCGUGACCCUGAACGAGAUCCGCCUCUUUGGCCUCGAUUCGAUCACGAGGCUCAACUCCUUUCGGAGGAUCGGAAAGCACACCCUCCAGAACGAACUGACCUGGGACUCGCUCUCCUUCGAGUUCGACCUCACCCUCGAUAUGAAGCCCUCGACGCUGGAGGAUGCCAUUCUGGUCGACCCGACCUCUCCCGGCAUCCGCGAGGACUUUACCAUCGGCUUUGCUCUAGAAAACAUCGACGUCGAGGUCUCUCUUCUCCUGGUGCUCGACGGGGACGCCAUGGGAUCCAUGGAACUCGGCCCGCUCUUCCAUACCGAGAACCUCCUUCCCUGCGUGCUCUCGGUGGUCCACGACGCUAGGAUUUCCGGGCUCGACGUCGAUCCAGCGUACGUCACCGACGGACCCACCCUGAGCGGCUUUGUGUCCUCGGGCCUCGACCGGUUCGUCUCCGAUUCGAUCGGGGCCGCGUUUUCCGUCUACGAGGCGAGCCUCCGGACGGCCGUCCCGAACCUCUUUCGGACGGAGGUUCGCGAGGGGAUCAACGCCUUCUUGUCGAGCGCCCGCGCAAGCAGCGGGGGCGUUCCGGGCUGUCCCGAGGCUCCAUCGUUCGACGAGGGAGUCCUKGAUUUUCGGGAGUUCCUCGAUCCCGAAAGCGGCGGCAGCUACGGCGACCUCGUUCCGGCGAUGAAGAAGAUGCUCGACGAAGAACUGAUUGCCACCGGCGACGAAACGGGACGACCCCGCAUCAACGAGGCCCUCGUGGCUCCGUUCACCGGGGCCCAGUCGGGCACCAGGGGGACCGUGGUGUUCCCCUUUGACUUGUUCCGCUUUGCGGCGCCGAACACCGUCUCGCAGCGAUUCGGAAUGGAAUCCCUCGAGCUCCGCCUGUUCGACCCCAAGAUCGAGAACAUCGACACCAUCCAGAAUCCAAUCAGGUUGUUCGAACCGAACGCGACGAGCGGUCAGAUCCUGGACAACUACGCCACCCUCGGCGUGCCACAGAGGAAGCUCCGGAUUGGCGUCAAGGGGCGGAUUGACGCGGAAGGGGAUCCGGCGCUCGCCACCACCAACGAGAUCGACCUGUCCGUGGAGCUCUCCGGCGCGGAGGCCUGGGUGUCUCUCAUGGCCAGGAUCGAUGCCGGAUCGCUCUUUCGCUUUCCGCUCCGGGACGUUGCCAACCCCGAGUGCUGGCUGAACACGCUCGAAAGCCCCGCGGCGAUUGGCGAGGGCCAAUCCACCGGCUUUGCCCUCGCGGGAGCGCUCCUGGACACCAGCGCGAUGGGCUUCAACGUGUCGUGCGCCUCCUGCACCGGUGCGGGCCCCUCGGUCUUCCCAGAGAUGAUGGGGUCGCUAGGGGCCGCGGGCGUAUCGGAGGUCCUCGGGGGCAGGCUCGUAAGGCUCGUCCUAGACCUGCUGCGCAGCGAUUCUACCCAGGCCUACAUCAACCACAGGUUGAUGGAUGCGGCGCUCCGCUGCCCGCACAGCCCGGAGUACGUUGGUCCUUCGGCGUCCUCUCGGGACGAUCUCGAGCAGGAGUUUCCCUCCCUCGACCACGGGUCCCUCGAGACCCUCGUCUUUGCGGCGGCGGUGGCAGCUGAGAUGGCGACCGUGGUAGUGGCAAGAGCACACGAAUCGUACGAUCUCGAAACGAGCUUUCCCCUGUCGGCCCAACACGACCUGGGUGCCAAGGACGACGCCCGGCUGGUGGACUUUACCGCCCUCGAGGAAUCGGUCGGGGAAAAGGCGAGCUCAGGAAUCGCCGGAUUUCUCGCGUUCCUCCACCGCGGUGCCGACGACCCAGGCGGCAAUGGGAGCCUGGGAGUCAAUAGCAUUCUGCGGGCGUCGCUUCUCGACAAAAACGGAGAGUUUUCCGUUUCAUUCGAGGGACCCGAGGCCACGAACGACGAAACGGGAAUAUCGCUGAAGGAGCUCAAGAUUUUCGGGCUCGACACGAUCUCCGAGCUGAAGGUGUUCGACGCGGUUGGGGCCCAAACCCUCCAGAACAAGAUCAGGUGGGACGAGAUCCGGAUCCAACUGGUGCUGUCGCUGGGACACAAGGGAGAUGCUUCCGCGGCUAAGAAAAGCGAGAUUACGGUUUCCGUGGGACUCUCUGGUGUCGAUUUGUCGCUGGCUCUGUUCCUCGAGAUGGAUCUCGAUCGCUUGGAGGCCCUCGAGUUGUGGUCGAUCAUGGAGACGACAAAAAUUCUCCCGUGCCUCGUGUCGGGGGCGCGUGAGGCACGUUUCACCGAGCUCGAGCUAUCGAUCGGUUCCUUUGCCGAGGUUUCGAUCGACGGGUUUGACUCGAGCGAGAUCGGUUCUGCUGCAAGCGAGAGCACGAAGCUCUUUCUGGAACAGUACGGGGAAGGGGUUGCCUCGUCGAUGCCCAAAUUCUUUGAUUCGACGGUUCGCUCCUUGUUGAACAAUUGGUUGAAACACUAUACGGGUGAGUUGGCGUCCGACAUGUGCAAGCACUCGCCGUCGAGGGGUUCCGGGUUUGUAGAUCUUCGUGACCUCUUGCAAACUGCUGCCAUUGCCACCCAUCUUGGCGGGACCGGGCUUUCCGGAUACGGAGACACCUUCCGAACAGCACUCGGUUUUGUCCGGGACCUGUUCAAAACCGAUGAAUCUACUGGGCUCUCCGGGUUCAACACAGUGGUUAUCGAACCACUCACGGCAUCGAACGACGGUGGGGCGGGUGCGAUCCAUUAUCCCGACGAUUUGUUCCACAGCGAAGAGAAGAUCAAGAUCGGAGCACUGGACACGAGUGUCCAGUUUCGAGCAUACGAUGCAAAGGUCGAGAACCUCAAUACCGUUGGGGCUCCCCUCGAACUGUUUGUGGGAAUCCCGGAAGAGCCGUAUCUCCUUAACAACACAAUAACGGCGGGGGUGGGGGAGCAGCCACUGCGAUUUUCCUCAACGGUUUUGCUCUCGCUUCAGGGCGAUGGUGAGUGGCGGCUCAUUGAAAGGAAAGAUUAAUUCUCUUUUUGUUGUCGCGAACUUACCUUCAUUUUUUUUUUUACGCACACACUUUCACUCC